UCCCCCAUUUUCCCCAUCGCUCCAGCUCCUUCCACAAGUUCCACUGCAAUUCUGCAAACGAACCAGCUCAAAUCGAAGCUCGAAACAGGGAGAGCCAGAGAAGCGCGCGUCCGCGACGGCGAGUACGCAGGCAUGGACUUCCACGCGCUCCCCCGCCGCGACCUGCAGGCGCUGUGCAAGCGCAACGGCGUCCGCGCCAACAUGACCAACGCCGCCAUGGCCGAUGCCCUCGCCAAGCUCGCCACGGUUGAUGGGAUCGAGGAGUUCGUCAAGCAGGCAGUCGCCCUGCCACCGGCGCCGGCGACCAAGCCGGCGGUUAAGGCGGUGGCGGAGGAGGAUCCGCGCGAGAAGAAGGGGAGCCCGCUCCCGCGCGGCCGCCGCGUCACGGUCAGCUCGCCGGAGGUGGUCAACCUGGACGACAGCGACGAGGAGGCUCCGGGGCAGAGUAAGGACGCCCCUCUCCCCCGUGGCCGCCGCGGCACGGUCAGGUCGUCGAAGCUCAUCAGGCCGGACGACGGCGAGGAGGAGGGCAAGGAGGACGAAAAUCGGGGCGAGAACGCGCCUGUGCAUGGCGAGGGGCGGCGCGGUGCCAGCAGGCGCGCCCGGGCCGAGCCCGUGGUCGCUCCAACUACGAGGAGAAGGGCCGCUCCCACUAGUAAGAUCGAGACAGGUGAUGUGGCUGUGGAAGCGCCACCGGCUCCGACCACUCGCCGGAGGCCGCAGACUAGUACGGAGGCUGCACCGGCACCAACCACUCGCCGGAGGGCCCAGAGUACUGUAGCAGCAUCUGCAGAGGAGAAGGUGCCGAGGGGUAGACGGACGACGAGGAGAGCAGCGGCGAAGAAGCCCGAUAUGCUGGAGGAAGAAACCAGAGAACCUCUUGCGCCUGAGCAAAAUAGCGCACACGAGGAGCCAGUGCAGGAAGAGCAAGGAAUUGAAGUGGAGGUGCCUGCAGAAACUGUCGAGGCAGUAGCUCAGGAAUGCUUGCCUGACCCUGAUGCAGUAGUUGAAGAGAAGCCGGUGCAGGAAGAGGAAGGGAUAGAAGUGGAAGCACCUGCAGAAACUGUCGAGGCAGUAGCUCAGGAAUGCUCACCUGAUGCAGUUGUAGAAGAUGAGCAGGCAGCUGUCGAAGCUGAACAGACUAUCAGCCAGGAUGAUUCGCCCAUUUUUGGCAUCGUGACUGGGACAAUUGUUGGAGCGAGUGAGGAAGCCCCUGUGUGCAACAGUGAGUGUCCCAAGAACAUGGCGACUGAAGAGAGUUCCGACACAGUUAGUGAAGAGAAGGAAGCCGUGCCUGCUGAUGAGGUGCCGCUGGUUACGGUGACAUGCGGCGAAGCAACUAGGGAUGCUGAAUUGCCCACCAAUAUUGGCAAUGCCAAAGAAGAGGAUGAUGAUGAAAUGGAGGCUGCGCAUGAGGCUGGUUUUGCGGUUGAAGUGGACGGAUCUGAGACUGUUGAUGAGCUGAUUGGUACACUGACAGAGCAUGCUGACAAUGCCAUUCAGCUUAAUUUCUCAGCAGAGCUCAGUUGUGCUGAUGAAGAGGCGGGAGUAUUUGCCACCGAUGAUCUGCAGCAGAGCUCAGCGACUGUGAAGACUAUGGUGGCAGACAGCGAGGCCAACGAGGAAGAGGAUGCACUGGAAGCAGAAAAUGAGGUCGGUUUUGCGGUUGAGGAGAAGGAAGUUAGGACAGGCGAUGAGCCGCAUGAAACACUGUCAAAUGAUGCUGACGGUGCCAUUCAGCUUGGGGAGGAUGCACUGGAAGCAGCAAAUGAGGCCGGUUGUGCAGUUGAGGAGAAGGGAGUUGAGACAGUUGACGAGCCACAUGAUACAGAGACAAAUGCUGCUGAAAAUGCUCAAGAGGAGGGAGUUGUGGCCAGUGAGGAUCUGCUGCAGAUUUCAGAGACCGAGCAAGAUGAAUUCAACUCGGAUAUUUGCCAUGCCGUUGAACACAAUGAAAGGGACAAUGUAGAAAGUGUGUCAUCAGAGAGGGAGGAUGUCAGUAUGGAGAAUGCGUUCACCGGUGACCUCACACUGAAGUUCGACGGUCCUGGAGACUUGGGUGAUCGCAAUACCUCUCUUUUGGAAGAGGGAGCUCGGACCUUGCCACUAUCUACUGAAACGCCCAACAAUGUCACUGAUGCGGUGGUCACAGCUGCCGAGGAAAUGGUGUCUGAAACCAUGGGUGUCAGUAAUAAGAAGAGUACUGAACUAGCUGCAAUGGAAGACGGCAACGAAGUGAAGGUUGUGGAGAAGCAGAAGGAGGAUCCUGUGGAACUAGUUAAACUUAGCCUAAGGACUCUUAGAGCCAAGCUCAAGGAGCAGCUGACUAAGCACAAGCGUAAGGAAGCAAAAAGGGUGGCCUUGGGCAGGUUGGACGAGAAUGUUUGUUGAUUCAACACAACUGGACAGCAUCCUGCAACAAGCCAACCACCACCCUGGAAGAUAGAAAGUGUGAUCAACGUCUUUGUUGCAAGAACAUAUCAUGGGGUUUGCGUUGCUGUUUGUUUUGUGAGGUUGGUGAUAGUUUGGUGUGGGUUUUGGUCACGCAAUGGCCACGUAAAUCGACGAGAUGCGUGUGUUGUGAAACCAUGGUUUCUGCAACCUCCGCUCGAAUAAUUUAUUUAUGUUUCUUCUUCUAUUUAUGUACGAUUCGACUGUAUUUUAAAGUCUGAUCGUAGUAAGCUCAUCACUUCAUCAGCUGCGUGUGUGCCUGUUUGUAAGUGUGUAUUUUCAAAGUUAUUUGCAGUUGCUCAAUCUGUUAGAUUUCUAAUGGCAAACUAGUUGAGACUAGUGUCCUUUCAAACAUA